GCGCACCGGAACACCACAGCGGUGACGUCAUCGACGGGUCGCUCCAGCACGCUGAUGGAGCUGAAGGCGGUUCAUGGAAAAGAAGUUAACGUUUGUACUUCCGGUCGCGAGAGGAGGCAGAGAGGCGCUCGCGCGGACGUGUACGGCUCCGCAAAGUGUUUCCGGUGUUAGCUUGUUGUCCGUUUGUGUCACUGUGCUUCGUUUAGCGAGCUUACAAAGUAAUGCUAAGCUAAGUUAGCUGCUAUCUCCCAGUGUUUACACCCCGCGGUCGGAUCCAAGAUGGCGGCUCCGACGUUACAGCAGCCCAGUUUCCUGCUGGCCAACCUCAAAGCGGAGUCCUGCACCAAGCCGCUGCUGCAGCGGUGCCAGGACCUGGUGAAGACCAUCGAGGAGUACCCGGCCAAGGAGCUCCAUGGGAUCCUCCCCUGGUUGGUGGAGAGCGUGUUCGGCAGCCUGGACGGCAGCAUCGCCGGCUGGAACCUGCGACUGCUGCACUCGCGGUGCUACGAGUACAACAUCGCCCUGGAGUUCCUGAACCCCAGCGGGCCGAUGAUGAAGCUCGUGUAUAAACUUCAAGCAGAAGAGUACAAAUAUGAAAUACCUGUCAAUUAUCUCCCGGGUCCCGUGAAGGCCUGCAUCCAGGAGGGGGUCCUCCCAGACUGCCCUCUGUUCCACAACAAGCUGCAGUUCCCCCUCUCGGGGCUGCUGACCCUGAACUUGGCUCUCAAUCCCUUUGAGUUCUUCAUGUUCCACUUCGCCUCCUGCCUCGUGACGCCGAAGAGCCACCCACAAGGCGCCCAAGGGGGCGUCGCCGACAGCGCCUACUUUGUGCUGGUGAACGCUUACCUGAAGUACUUCCUGCCCAGCGAGGGGAGCGUUCCCCCGUCCCCGUUCUCCGACUCCAGAGGCUCCGUCACUGCACCGUCACCCAGAUCUUCCAGUGUGUCUUUUGCUGGUUACGGCGUUCACAGCCCAAGUCUCCUGAAACAUCACAUAUUCCAUCAGCCGUCUGUGAACGCAGACCCGGCCGCCCAGGAGAUCUGGAGGUCCGAAACGCUGCUCCAGAUGUUUGUGGAGAUCUGGCUCCAUCACUACUCCUUAGAGAUGUACCAGAAACUACAGUCUCCUCAGGUAAAGCUGGCGCUGCUGCAGUACCGCCUCAGUAUGUCCAGCAUGCCGUGCCAACCCUCCGCCCCACCAGGCUCUGGGACCCUCCACACCUACCAAGAACCCUUCAGCCCGACGGAGGAGCACGUCCUGGUGGUUCGCCUCCUGGUCAAACACCUGCACGCCUUCUCCAACAGCCUGAAGCCCGACACGCUCACCUCCUCGCCCUCCGCCCACAGCAGCCCGCUGGAGGAGCUCAAGAGGGUGGUGGUGCAGCGCUUCGUGCAGCAGAAGCUGUACCUGUUCCUCCAGCACUGCUUCGGCCACUGGCCCCUGGACGCCUCCUUCAGAGCGGUGUUGGAGACGUGGCUGAGCUACAUCCAACCGUGGAGGUACACGGGGGAGGCCGCCGGUUCUCAGCCAGACCAGAACCGAACCGUGCCGGACAAGUGGGAGCCCUUCGUCCAGGAGAACCUGCUGAUGUUCACCAAGCUCUUCCAGGUGCUGCUGAACCGAGCCGUGAGGACGGAUCUGGUGAACGCCAAGAACGCCCUGAUGGUCUUCAGAGUGGCCAAAGUGUUCUCUCAGCCCAACCUCGCCGAGAUGAUCCAGAAAGGAGAGCAGCUGUUCCUGGAGCCGGAGCACGUCCUGCACCACCGGCAGCCCCGCGGCUACCUGACGCCGAGCCAGGGCGGCAGCUUCCUGUCCUCGCGGCAGCGGGUGGUGACCGACAUGGUGUUCCGGGUGAAGAGCCACGUCUACGCCCUGGAGGGCCAGGACUGCCAGUACAAGCAGAUGUUCGGCACCGAGCUCAGAGGAGCGGUCAUGAAGCUGAUCCAGAUAAUAGCUCAAGCCAGACAGACGGCCAAGAGGAUAUCGGACCACUCCAGCGAGGCGGCGGCCGGCGGCUCCUUCCUGUCCUGGUUCGGGAUGGGCUCCUCGGACCUCAACAACACGUUCUCCGGGGCCGAGCACGAGGAGAGCGGCGAGUGCUUGAAGAAGACCCACGAGUUCCUGGACAAGGCGUUGGAGAACCUGUGUCAGAUCUUCAAGCUGAACCAGGGUCAGCUGGCUCAGCUCAUCGCCAACCUGAGCUCCUCUCAGGACGACGGCAACGGCAAGCAGCUGCCCGACUGCAUCCAGGGGGAGAACGGGCCGAUUCUGACGGACCUGGGCCGCCAGCAGAUCAUAAGUGGACUGCGAAGGUUUGACAUCCAGUACCAAGGUGACCCGGAGCUGCAGCCCAUCAGGAGCUAUGAGAACGCCCUGCUGGUCCGGCUCUUCUACAGGAUCUCUUCUCUGGUCAAUGAGAGGUUCGGAGGGAACAUGAACGCCUGCUCCCGUCCGGACUUCCUGGGUCGUCUGGGCCGCCACUUCCUGGAGGAUCCCGACUCGUCCUCCAGGAAGUGGAAGCGCAGCCCGACGUCCCGCCGCUCGCGCUCCUCCCGGCGAGCGCGGCUGAGCCUGCGUCCGCUGGCGAGCUACCGGCUGCUGCUGCUGCUGCUCUGCUACGCGCUGGGAGCGGCGCUGGCCUUAGGCCCCGCCUCCAGCACGCUGCUCAUCCUCGCCGGCGGCUUCCUGUACGGACUCUUCACCGCGCUGUUUGGAGACAAGCUGAAAACACACUAAACUUUUAAAGGUUCACAACAUGCACGAGCCACAAAUAAUCCGUCUGUUCAUUAUUUUCACCAUUUAAUCUAAUUAGGUUUUUUAUUUGUUUAACUUCAGAGACCUGCCUGAAUGCAUUGUGACGUCUUAAUAAUAUAUUAUUACAUAUUAAAUGUGCCAUAAUGUAAAGACGGGGAAAACGUUCACUUUUUUUUAGAAGCUUAAAACGUGAAAAUAUUUUUUUGUUUCACUUUUAACGAUGGCUUCAAAUGAUUAAUCGAUUAUCAAAAUGUCACCAUAUUGAUUACCUGCCUGUGGGUGAGCGUGUUCUCUCGUCUCCAGAGGUCAGAGGUCGGACUCCGUGCUCAUGAGGAUAAUCCUGUUAGGAGGGAUUUCUGCUUCUUAAAGGGCCGGCGCUUGUGUUCUUGAUUUUAUGUUUGUCAUCAUUAAACCCUGUAAAUAACUACAGCGCCUGAAGCACAAACACUCAAUGUAAUAAAACUAUUUUCCUCUCGGUGAGAUCAGGAUGCUUUUUCUUUUUGUCCCAAAGACUCAAUAAACCGUUUGCACUUGUUUGUUAA